AUGCGGGGGCCGCCGGGCCCGGCGCUGCUCCUGCUGCUGCUGAGCGCCGGCGCGGGGCCCCAGUCUCCCCGGGGCUUCCAGACGGGCGCCCCGCGGGGUCCUCACCGCAGGCGGGGUCGCACCCUCCUGGCCCAGCAGCCCCACAUAGGAAGCCGGGGGUCUGAAGCCUCGAGAGUCUGCGGGCGCCCCAGGAUGCUGAGCCGGAUGGUGGGCGGGCAGGACGCCGUGGAGGGAGAGUGGCCGUGGCAGGUCAGCAUCCAGCGCAACGGGAGCCACUUCUGCGGGGGCAGCCUCGUCGCGGAGCGGUGGGUCCUCACGGCCGCGCACUGCUUCUCCGACACCUCGGACACGUCCCUGUACCGGGUCCUGCUGGGCGCGCGGCAGCUGGCGGAGCCGGGGCCGCACGCCCUGUACUCCCGCGUGAGGCGGGUGGAGAGCAACCCCCUGUACCGGGGCAUGGCGUCGAGCGCCGACGUGGCCCUGGUGGAGCUGGAGGCACCCGUGACCUUCACCCACUACAUCCUCCCCGUGUGUGUGCCGGACGCCUCGGUGGUCUUUGAGGCGGGCAUGAGCUGCUGGGUCGCCGGCUGGGGCAGCCCCGGUGAGCAAGACCCGCUGCCCAACCCCAGGGUCCUGCAGAAGCUGGCGGUGCCCAUUAUCGACACGUCCAGAUGCAACCAGCUCUACAGCCAAGACGCAGAGUCCGGCCUCCUGCCGAAGACCAUCCAGGAGGACAUGCUGUGCGCUGGCUUCGCCGAGGGCAAGAGGGACGCCUGCAAGGGCGACUCCGGGGGCCCCCUGGUGUGCCUGGUGGGCCCGUCCUGGCUGCAGGCUGGGGUGAUCAGCUGGGGCGAGGGCUGCGCUCGCCGGAACCGCCCAGGGGUCUACAUCCGGGUCACCGCCCACCAGCACUGGAUCCGCCGCAUCGUCCCGGAGCUGCAGUUCCAGCCCGCGAGGUCCGGCGGCCGGGAGCGAGGCCCCCAGGCCCGGCACCCCCUGGGCCGGAGCGCCGCGCCCCGCCUGGAGGCUCGGGCCGUCCCGCUGGUGCUGGCGGCUCUGCUCGCCGCCCGCCCUGUGCACCUGUAA